AUGAGGAGUGGAGACCCCUCCCCACCCACGAUGGUCCCUGUCCAGUUCUUCACAGGUGGGGCUGCUGGUCACAGGUGGGGCUGCUGGUCACAGGUGGAGCUGCUGGUCACGGGUGGGGCUGCUGGUCACGGGUGGGGCUGCUGGUCACAGGUGGGGCUGCUGGUCACAGGUGGGGCUGCUGGUCACAUGUGGGGCUGCUGGUCACAGGUGGGGCUGCUGGUCACAGGUGGGGCUGCUGGUCACAGGUGGGGCUGCUGGUCACAGGUGGGGCUGCUGGUCACAGGUGGGGCUGCUGGUCACAGGUGGGGUUGCUGGUCACGGGUGGGGCUGCUGGUCACAGGUGGGGCUGCUGGUCACAGGUGGGGCUGCUGGUCACAGGUGGGGCUGCUGGUCACAGGUGGGGCUCCUGGUCACAGGUGGGGCUGCUGGUCACAGGUGGGGCUGCUGGUCACAGGUAGGGCUGUUGGUCACAGGUGCCUGGUGCUGGCGGCUGGCGCUGGUGCUGGUGCCUGGUGCUGGCGGCUGGCGCUGGUGCUGGUGCCUGGUGCUGGUGCCUGGUGCUGGUGGCUGGCGCUGGUGCUGGUGCCUGGUGCUGGCGGCUGGCGCUGGCGCUGGUGCCUGGUGCUGGCGGCUGGCGCUGGUGCUGGUGCCUGGUGCCUGGUGCUGGCGGCUGGCACUGGUGCUGGUGCCUGGUGCUGGCGGCUGGCGCUGGUGCUGGUGCCUGGUGCUGGCGGCUGGCGCUGGUGCUGGUGCCUGGUGUUGGCGCUGGUGCUGGUGCCUGGUGCCUGGUGCUGGCGGCUGGCGCUGGUGCUGGUGCCUGACGGCUGGCGCUGGUCCUGGUGGCUGGCGCUGGCGUAA